AUAAACGGGCGCUGGAUUGUAGCGCCCUGUUCAGUUACUUUUCAGGUGAGGGAAGAGGAAGGUCUUGCAAUCAUCUCGAGGGUCGUGAAACCGGAUCAAACUCUUCUAAAUCUCCUCCCAUCCACCGAGCCGCAGGUCCCUCUGAAGAGAAAGGGUGACUGGAGCCUGCUGGUUGCGGCGAACCGUCGGGGUCGCUGCUACCGCCUCUAGCUGAGCGCGCGCGCGGGCCCUCCCAGGGCGUUGAUUUCUCGGCGCGCAGCCUUCGGGCCGAUCCCUAGCCGGCCAUGAGUUACGGGCGUCCUCCCCCAGACGUGGAGGGAAUGACCUCCCUGAAGGUGGAUAACCUGACAUAUCGCACCUCGCCCGACACGCUGCGACGAGUCUUUGAAAAGUAUGGCCGGGUGGGCGAUGUCUAUAUCCCCCGCGAUCGCUACACUAAAGAAUCCCGUGGUUUCGCCUUCGUGCGCUUCCACGACAAGCGAGACGCGGAAGAUGCUAUGGACGCCAUGGACGGCGCCGUGCUUGAUGGCCGGGAGCUGCGGGUGCAAAUGGCCCGCUAUGGCCGCCCGCCUGACUCCCAUCACAGCCGCCGAGGACCGCCGCCCCGCAGGUACGGGGGAGGCGGCUACGGACGCCGGAGCCGCAGCCCGAGGCGGCGUCGCCGCAGCCGUUCCCGAAGCCGGAGUCGAUCCAGAUCCCGAAGCCGAUCUCGUUACAGCCGGUCCAAGUCUCGUUCUCGCACUCGAUCCAGAUCUCGAUCUACCUCCAAGUCUAGGUCGGCCCGUAGAUCCAAAUCGAAGUCCUCGUCGGUCUCCAGAUCCCGGUCCAGGUCCAGGUCCAGGUCCAGAUCCAGAAGUCCUCCACCAGUGUCGAAGAGGGAAUCAAAAUCUAGAUCUCGAUCCAAGAGUCCCCCCAAGUCUCCUGAAGAAGAAGGAGCUGUUUCAUCUUAGGAUCAUGAUACCGCAGAAAGCAACAUAAUGGAUGACUUGGGGGGAAAGACCACAUUCAGUCCAUUGAAGAGUCCCUGGAACAAGCAACUGGCUAUUGAAAAGGUUAUUUUGUAACAUUUUGUCUAACUUUUUAACUUGUUUUAAGCUGCCUCAGAUGGCAAACUUCAUUUUAUGUGCCCUUUUGUUGCUGUUAUUCAAAUUUCUUGUAAUUUAGUGAAGUGAACGACUACAGAUUUCAUUAUUGGCUUUGGAUAUUUGAGGUAAAUUUUCAUUUUUGUUUAUAUAGUGCUGAUUUUUUUUUGUUUGUUUGUUUGAAAUUAAACAGACUCCCUUAACCUAAUUUGUGGCCUCUUGAGUUUUGAGGAAACAUGCAGCCAUUACAUGCUGAAUUAGCCUAAUGCUAUCAAGAGAAGUUAACUCAACAUUGCCUUCAUUUCUUUAAAAAAAAAAUUCUACAAAACUUUGGUGUAGAUUUGUUUGUGAAAUACUAACUACUUUCAGAUGCUAAGUAGUAUCUGAACCCAAAUUUGUAUAAGACUUUUCAGGUGACAAAACUUAAUUUUUGAAAGGAUUCUUUUACCAAACACAAUUCUAAUCUCUUCUCUUAUGUAUUUUUGUGCACUAGGCGCAGUUGUGUAGCAGUUGAGUAAUGCUGGUUAGCUGUUAAGGUGGCGUGUUGCAGUGCAGAGUGCUUGGCUGUUUCCUGUUUUCUCCUGAUUGCUCCUGUGUAAAGAUGCCUUGUCGUGCAGAAACAAAUGGCUGUCCAGUUUAUUAAAAUGCCUGACAACUGCACUUCCAGUCACCCGGGCCUUGCAUAUAAAUUACGGAGCAUACAGUGAGCACAUCUAGCUGAUGAUAAACACACCUUAUUUUUUUCUCCCCCCCCCCAAAAAAAAAAAUGGUAAAUCUGAUCAUCUUCAUGUAUGAACUUGGCAUAUGAAAAAUGUAACAUUAAGGAAAUCAUUCCUUUGUAAGUACUGAUAACAUGGUGUAUCUUAUUUGCUUAUGAUAUUCUGUAUUAUAACCACUGUUUUCUGUAGUUUACAAUUAAAACAUUUUUCUUGAUGUUAGCUUUUCUCUAAACUCAAUGUCUUGGUCUUAAUUUUUUUUUAAGUUUGAAAGACCUAUGCAACUAACCUGUGAAUGUCAUUAUUGACUGUACUCAAGUAA